CCCUCAAAUCGACAGCCCCCAUCUCCCACAAACCCUAGCCGAGCUCCACACCGGCGGCGGCGAAGAAGAAGAAGCAAGAUGAUCUACGACGUGAACUCCCCCCUGUUCCGCUCCUUCCUCAGCCAGAAGGGCGGCCCGUCCUCCGACAAGAGGAAAAUGGAAGAGCAAAAGCCAAAGGACCAGCGGUUCAAGGCCAACGAGAACAAGCCUGUGAUGAAUGAAUGAGCACUGUCUGAACAGUUUGCUGCUUUGCAAGGAAUAGUUGCCAAUCAUGUGACUCCUAUGUUAAAACAUAUUCUGAGCUAUCUAAGUUGUUUUAGCUGAACAUUCUGUGUGAAAUGUUAAGUAAGGGCACUUUUGUUGCGUGAUCUGUUAUGGCAUGGAUAUCAUACCCUGUUUGCUUGA